CAGGUUGAAAAAAAAGUGGAAACACAAGGAUGACAAAUUUCAACAAAGAUGGCGGGAAAUAUGAGUGGCGAUGAAACGGGAGAAAAUAUUGACAAUAAAUUUGUAGAUAUUGUCUCGGGAUUUCUCUUAGAUCGUGAUAUCAGAGAUGUAUGUACGCUAAACGAAAUGAGAAGCAACUUUCCUUUAAAGUACAGGUAAGGUAUAUCUUGUUUCUCAAAGCGAAUUUAAUUAUUAAAAGCCUGCCGUGGUUUUCACUUUUCAGUUUUCAAUUCAAAGACAAAGUUAUUCAACCACAGAAUAGUAACCUAAUACAGAAGGCCGACUUCUUGGUUUUGUCUAUGAUUUUGACUAUAAACCGUUCCAAUACUGUUGCCAUGUCAGCAGUGGCGCCACCAGCUCGAUAAUUGGGGGGGGCACCAGCUCGAUAAUUGGGGGGGAAUAUUCAUAUCUUUGUGUUCUGCAUUAUUAACUUCUUUUGAAAUCAAUUGUUUUUAUGUUUUGUGAACACAAAUAUAUGAAUAUCCCCCCCCCAAUUAUCGAGCUGUUGGUGCCACUGCAUGUCAGCCAGUGCACUUAAAAGAGGCAUUCACCCCCUGAAAACAUUCAAAAUGGUGGACGUUUCAGGAGGGUGAAUACUUCUCGUAAGCACACUGAGGCACACUUACAAAAACUGCGACUAUAUAGGCCCUCUGGCAGGUAUUGAACCUGCAGGAAUCAGCCCUGCAAAGUGCAAUCUAACUUCAUUGCAAUGUACACAUUUUUGCUCAUCUGCACUUGCAUAUUGUUGGACAGUGACAUAUUGCUACAGCAGCUAUUGUGGCAGCCAAAAAACAAACUACUUGUAGAGAAGUGGGCUGUACGUACAUGCAUGCAAUUGGCAAAUUAAAUUUUCCAUAUGAAACCUUGUCAUAGACAUUGAACAAUGCUCAUCUGCAUUAACCCUUUAAGUUUAAGUGGCAAUGUGCCCCAUUUUUUUACUCUGUCUAACGCCAGACAAUUUUACUUGUCAGGGGGAGAGUGCUGCCACUCAAUGGGUUAAACUGCUUUAUGAUGUAAUCAAGGGUGGGUUGACUACAAAAUUUUUGUAGUUCGCUAUAACUACAGCUACUUCAAAAAUAUGUACUCGGCUACAACUACUGCUACUUUUGAACAAAGGUAGUUCGCUACUGACUACAGCUACUGCUUUAAAAUGUAGCGACUAUUUCGCUACGCUAUAUUUUUUAGUUUUACUGUAUUUGGAGCAUCUACUAACUCAGGCUGAAAUGUAACCUACAAAUCGACUUACGAGUAGCAACAGUAAUCAAUACAGCAACAGUAAUAUCAAAACAAUAUUUUCCUUCUUGUUUACACUUGCACUUAUUAUUAUUACAAAAAAAGUCUUUACAGAGGGUAAAACAUUUCAGUGCACAAGACACUGUUAUCAAUAUGUGCCCUCUCUACUUCUAAAUUAAAAUACAUGCUAAUAAAAUAGAUAUAAAAUAAGUUAGUUCAAAAUCUAUUAUUCAGUCUACCUAUUACAAAAGUCUUUCAAAAACUUAAAAAUUAGGCUAAGUCAAUUAAGACUACAGUUCACAUGUACCUAUUUAUAAUAGUCUUUCAAUAGCUUAAGAAAUUGGUCAUAAUCUCCUUCUCGUCUUAUUUCGAUUGGCAAAUCAUUACAGAUUUUUGCACCCAAAUAAUAAAAUUAUUGUUUUGCAAACUCUAACUUUACUUUAGGUAGUUUUAGAAAAAAAUUAUUGUUCCUUGUAUUGAUACCACCAGUUUUAAUUUUGAAAUAGUUAUCAAAGUUGGUACACAUUCGAUUGUCUAGACAUUUCCUUACAAUACUACACGACUGUAUAUGUAAUAUCUUGAUAAUAGAAGGCACUUGAUCAUGUUCGUCAGGAGCAAUGAUGUUACCUUGUUUUGUAGUGAGGACACAGUGACAACAAUGCAAUCAUAAAAACAUCAAAGUACGUGUUUUGCUUGGUUAUCUUAUGUUUAUGAUAAUUUUGUAGAACUCAUGAUGACAUUGCAGUUCUUUAUGAAUCAUUUGUCAUGAAAAGGAAGUUAAUAAAAGACACAGUUAGAAGAAAUAUUGAAGGCUUCUAUACCAAAGAUAAAGCAAAAAACAGUAAUGUAAGUUACUGCUAUAAAGUAAUAAAGCACAGGAAAAGAAUGUUUUACAAAAUUGUAAUAGCAGGCUCAAAAUUUACAUACAACUUAUGGAACAAGGUGAAGACAAGUAAAAUCAAAAAGGGCACUUUGCCCCCCUCACCCUCCUUAGGAAAUGGCACGGGGAGGGGGGCAAUGCCUCCUGCACCCACCUCUCCGGCAUAUGUACAUUUAUUAUUGUAGAACUUUUUCGCCAACCAAAAUGGUAAAUAUGAUAUAUUUCACCAUGCAAAAUGAUAAAAACGUGUUAAAAUUGUUUCAAAUAAAAUUUUAAUGUACUUUUAUAUCUUGUAGAAACAACGACAAAGUAUUGAAGAAAAACUUGCAGUUCUUGAUGUAAAACAGAGGCAACAUAGAAAGGUUACUAUCAUUACAAGAAGCCUAGUUUACUAGAAAGCUACUCAAAUUUGUAUGAAAAAAUCGAUCGAUUAAUUGUAUUGAAUAAAUUAUCUGGGGUUAGAGGUUAGGGGUGGGGUGGGGGUAGGGAUCAAUCUGAUGCACUAUAUAAUAAGGGUCCCAUUUUCGACAUUUCAUAUAGAAGUUUAGUUACCAUAAGAAACCGAUUUGAUUCUUAAAAAUGUUGAAUUGACUUAAUUUAGGAACUGUUAAGAGCAAAGAAAGAACUUUCUCUUCUUCAAAAAAAUAUUGCCAGGUACAGUGCACUUGAUUUACGUUUAAACUGAACGUACUGUUGAUCAGAUAGACAAAUUUUGCUAACGUUUGAUUAUACCCAAAUCUCAAACUCAUUAAUAAUUCCUGAGUAAAUUGGCCAACCAUAUUUGUUUAUUUUGCUCACAUGAUAGUACUGGGACUGGAUACAAAUGAAUUUACCUCACUUUAAGUCAUAUGCUUGUCAGAUGUUGGGUUGGGAUCCUAGGUAGCGGCGCUACCUGCAAGUGCCUGAAGCUAACUGCAAUCGUAGAAAAUUUCAAGAACUCCCUUUUCAAAUGCCAGAACUCCAUUUUCAACAUUUUCAAAUGCCAGAACCCAGUUUUCAAAUGCCAAAACCCAGUUUUCAAAUGCCAGAACUCAGUUUUCAAAUGCCAAAACCUGUUACCUGGUUUUCAAAUGCCAAAAUCCAGUUUUCAAAUGCCAAAACCCAGCCUUCAAAUGCCAAAACCCAGCCUUCAAAUGCCAAAAAUCCAUUUUCAAAUGCCAAAACUCCAUUUUCAAAUUAAAUACCAAAACUCCAUUUUCAAAUACCAGAACUUCGUUUUCAAAUGCCAAAAACUCCGUUUUCAAAUGCCAAAACUCCGUUUUCAAAUGCCAAAACUCCAUUUUCAAAAGCCAGAACUUGGUUUUCAAAUGCCAGAACUUGGUUUUCAAAUGCCAGAACUUGGUUUUCAAAUGCCAGAACUUGGGUUUCAAUUACCAAAACUCCAUUUUCAAAUACCACGACUCCGUUUUCAAAUACCAGAACUUCGUUUUCAAAUGCCAAAACUCCGUUUUCAAAUGCCAAAACUCCAUUUUCAAAAUCCAGAACUCCGUUUUCGGAUGCCAGAACUACGUCGGUUUACAUCACAGAAAAUCAGUUAUUUUUCAUCGGUUGUAGGUGCGACAAAGCUGUCCAAGAUUGUCAAUUACUGGCAAACGAUGUUAAAGAAUAUUUUAAUAUGGAUCUCUUUGAGGUAUAAAGCCACGUUUGCUUUGAAGCGAACGCGUGUCACAACGUAAGACCGUAUAUGACUAGCAAAAAGUAGAAAAACAACAGCAACGCCCAAUUGAAGAUGAACAACAGCGACGAACAAGAGAUUUUUUAUUAUGAAUGUUUUUGUUAUCUAAUGGAGUUUUUUCCUCCUCUUAAAUUAAUUUAUUGAAUUACCUUUUUCCAUACUAAACUAUUAAAGUUCAGGUUCUG